AUGGGAUUAUUGCUCGCUCCACACAUCCAAGCGACUGGAAUGAGACAGUUAUUUCCUUGUUGGGACAUACCACACUUAAAGGCCACAUUUGCAAUUUCUAUAAAGCAUCAUCGUAAUCUUACAGCAUUAUCUAAUAUGCCGAUAAAAUAUCAUUCUACCAAUCAUACAAUGACUUUGGAAGCUGAAGUGCUGACACAUUUCUGUACUACUCCUCCAAUGUCUACUUUGCAAGUUGCGAUAGUUGUGACUGACUAUUAUAACCUUAAAGUUAACGAUAACAUUACUUUGUGGUGCGAUUGUUAUUCAGAAGAGAAGUCUCCGAAAUUUGAGUUUGCACGAAGAAUCAUAAACGAUAUUACGUCGCAUUUAAAAUCUGAAUUCGGUGGGAUAAAUAUUCCAAAAAUGGAUCAUGUUGCAAUUCCAAAUUUUCCACAAGAUGGCACAUCGAAAUGGGGGCUCAUCUUUCAUACAGAAGCCAAUCUUAUAUGUAAUGAACAAUCAGAUUCAAUUAUGCACAAGAUAGAAGUCGCACGUUUAAUAGCACCCAAAAUAGCAUAUCAAUGGUUUAGUAACGUAUUCAGUUAUAAUUGGUGGACUCAAUUCUGGUUACACGACGGUCUUGCUACUUUGUUUGGAGAAGAAACCAUCGUUAAGAUCUUCAAUGAUUCUAAAAUCAUGGAUUUCCUCAUGGUGCAGAAUCAAUACGAAUCUCUUCAUUUGGAUUCUCACUUUGACAUGAAUCCUCAAAUCAUCAACCUGUUGAAAAUUGAUUCACUUUUCAGUUUUCCUCGUUAUUUAAAAGCACUAAUUGCUUUACGCAUGCUCCAAAGUGCAAUUACCGAUAAAGUGUUUCGAAAGAAUGUUCGUACAUAUGUAAACAGAUACACUUUUAGCUCAAUGGUUUCUUUUGAUUUCUGGUCCAUGCAAGAACCUAUAGAAGCAUUUAAAUGUUAUAUACCAUCAAAUGAGUUCUUAACUUGGAUAACGUACAGUCAUUAUCAAAUUGUAACCUUCGAGCAAGCAGAAGCUGAUUCUUACACGGGAAGAUUGUCGCAGAAGUAUAAUCCAAUCGGUCAGGGAAGAUGGUGGAUACUUAUAAAUUUAAAAAAUUAUAAAUUACGGAUCACAGAAACAUUGCUCACGAAAAAUUUCACAACAUGUUUAACACCAGAUUCACCAUCUGUUACUUUAUAUGUGCAACAAAUUGAUUGGGCAUAUGAUUGGGUAGUCAAUAUACAGCGAGUAGAAACUGAGCAGAUCCUGUCGACAGUAUCUGACCGUAGACUGUCACCAAAACCACGCAGAUCCUGCUCUGACACGUCAGGUAUCAGCAGAAUCUGCUACGUUUCUGUCAACAAUCUGCUGUCAAAUUGUGUCAGAGUAGGAUCUUCUGACAGUCUAAUUCUAGGAUAUUAUCGUGUCAAAUAUAAUUUAAAAGGCUGGAACGCAAUCGCAAAUUAUUUAAAUUCAACAGCUGGAGAAUAUGAAGGAAUUAGUGUCAUCAAUCGUGCUAAAAUCAUUGAUGACGCAUUUCAUUUGAUGAUGGAAAAUCAGCUCGACGUAUCUAUAUUUUGGAACCUCACGCAAUUCUUAUCACAAGAGACAAAUUAUGUAGUAUGGUAUCCAAUGAUUAAAGUGUUCGAAUAUAUGUCCACUAUAUUUCCAUUUUCAAAAGACGAAAUUAAGUUCAUCGACGAUAUUAAGGCAAAAUUGAGAGAAUUAUUGGAUAAUCCAUUAAGGGUGAUACUAAUUAAAAAACACCUAAAGGAAAAUGACCUUACUGAAUCUUUCAAACAAGAAAUAUUAAAAUGGUCUUGUACGCUCAAACAUUAUCAGUGCGCAAUGUUGGCCGAAGAUACGUUAGGAGACCAUCUUCAGAAUCCAGAAAUAGAACCGUAA